CUUGUUGGUGACUGAUGUCGUAACCGGGGGGCGAGUUGGGCAGCGACACGUCCCUCAGGGGGAGACUUCAGGGCUCUUUCGCGGGCAGUGCAGGGAAAGGGAGACCCGAGAACCAUCUUACAGUGGAGGAGCCCGCUUGGCCCUGGUCUGGGGACCGACGCGAGCUGGAAUGGUCCAGUUAUCCCCCUGGCGGAGCUGCCCUUCCGCUGUCAGGUCCCGGAUUGUCAGGGCCCUGCACGCAUGGGAACCCCUGGGGCUGCGGUCGCUGGAGUCCUGCGGGAAACCGGGCCCUGUGGGCCCCUGAGGCGCUGUCAUCCCUGCCAGUGGGCCCCACGGGCUGCUGCCGCCGGGCGCCCUCGGAGGCUGGGUAGGGAGGGCACGCACUCCAGGCCUCCCUGGAGCUCGCCUCCUUCUGCCCGGCGCCGCCCCGCUGCUCGGCGCGAGACUCUGCUGCCCUCUGGCCUCCUGCGGGGGGCGUGGGGAGCUGUCCUGGCGCGGGCCUGGUCGUGACAGGGGCUGCCGCCUGGGGUACAAUUCAAAACACCAGGGGAGGAAAGAGCUUCCCCGCGGGUCUUUGACUGCAGAGCUGAUGCCUCCCCGGAGGGCCACAUUCUUGUGCAGCAGUGUGAUGAUUUAAGGACCACGGUACAAUUAUGGAUAGUGAACCAAACCCUGGAACAUCUUCUGUAUCCACAACCACCAGUAGUACCACCACCACCACCAUCACCACUUCCUCAUCUCGAAUGCAGCAACCACAGAUCUCUGUCUACAGUGGUUCAGACCGGCAUGCCGUACAGGUAAUUCAACAGGCAUUGCAUCGCCCCUCCAGUUCAGCUGCUCAGUACCUUCAGCAGAUGUAUGCAGCUCAGCAGCAGCACUUGAUGCUACACACUGCCGCCCUUCAGCAGCAGCAUUUAAGCAGCUCCCAGCUUCAGAGUCUUGCUGCUGUUCAGGCAAGUUUGUCUAGUGGAAGACCAUCUACAUCCCCAACAGGAAGUGUCACACAGCAGUCAAGUAUGUCUCAGACUUCUAUCAACCUCUCCACUUCUCCUACACCUGCACAGUUAAUAAGCCGUUCCCAGGCUUCCAGUUCUACCAGCGGCAGUAUUACCCAACAGACUAUGUUACUAGGGAGUACCUCCCCUACCCUAACAGCAAGCCAAGCUCAAAUGUAUCUCCGAGCUCAAAUGCUGAUUUUCACACCCGCUACCACUGUGGCUGCUGUACAGUCUGACAUUCCUGUUGUCUCGUCGUCAUCAUCAUCUUCCUGUCAGUCUGCAGCUACUCAGGUUCAGAAUUUAACAUUACGCAGCCAGAAGUUGGGUGUAUUAUCUAGCUCACAGACUGGUCCACCAAAAAGCACUAGCCAAACUCAGUCAUUGACAAUCUGUCAUAACAAAACAACAGUGACCAGUUCUAAAGUCAGCCAACGAGAUCCUUCUCCAGAAACUAACAAGAAAGGAGAGAGUCCAAGUCUGGAAUCACGAAGCACAGCUGUCACCCGGACAUCAAGUAUUCACCAGUUAAUAGCACCAGCUUCAUAUUCUCCAAUUCAGCCUCAUUCUCUAAUAAAACAUCAACAGAUUCCUCUUCAUUCACCACCUCCCAAGGUUUCCCAUCAUCAAUUGAUACUACAACAGCAGCAACAGCAAAUUCAGCCAAUCACACUUCAGAAUUCAACUCAAGAUCCACCCCCAUCCCAGCACUGUUUACCACUCCAAAACCAUGGCCUUCCUCCAGCUCCCAGCAGUGCUCAGUCACAGCAUUGUUCACCGAUUCAGAGCCAUCCCCCGCCUUUAACGGUAUCUCCGAAUCAGUCACAGUCAGCACAGCAGUCUGUAGUGGUUUCUCCUCCACCACCUCAUUCACCAAGUCAGUCUCCUACUAUAAUUAUUCAUCCACAAGCACUUAUUCAGCCACACCCUCUUGUGUCAUCAGCUCUUCAGCCAGGGCCAAAUUUGCAGCCGCCUGCUGCUAGUCAGGUACAACCUACAGCACAGCUGAAUCUUCCAUCCCAUCUUCCACUUCCACCUUCCCCUGUUGUACACAUUGGCCCAGUUCAGCAGUCUGCCUUGGUGUCCCCAGGUCAGCAGAUUGUGUCUCCAACACCACACCAGCAGUAUUCAACCCUACAGUCUUCUCCAAUCCCAAUUGCAACCCCUCCACACAUGUCGACAUCUCCUCCAGCUCAGAUUCCACCACUGCCCUUACAGUCUAUGCAGUCUUUACAAGUGCAGCCUGAAAUUCUAUCCCAGGGCCAGGUUUUGGUGCAGAAUGCUUUGGUGUCCGAAGAGGAGCUUCCAGCUGCAGAAGCUUUGGUCCAGUUGCCAUUUCAGACUCUUCCUCCUCCACAGACUGUUGCGGUAAACCUGCAAGUACAACCACCAGCACCUGUUGAUCCACCAGUGGGAAUGCAUUUGAACCAGUGUCAUCUGCACAAAGUUUUUUCUCUUAAGGUUUAUCAAGUAGAAGAUGUAUGUGAAGAAGAAAUGCCAGAGGAGUCUGAUGAAUGUGUUCGGAUGGAUAGAACCCCACCACCUCCCACUUUGUCUCCAGCAGCUAUAACUGUGGGGAGAGGAGAGGAUAUGACCUCUGACCAUCCUUUGUUAGAGCAAGUGGAAUUACCUGCAGUGGCAUCAGUCAGUGCUUCAGUAAUUAAAUCUUCAUCAGAUCCCUCACAUGUUUCUGUUCCUCCACCUCCACUUUUACUUCCAGCUGCUACCACAAGGAGUAAUAGUACACCUAUGCCUGGUAGCAUUCCCAACAUUGAAAACAAGCCUCCACAAGCUAUUGUUAAACCACAGAUUUUGACUCACGUCAUUGAAGGGUUUGUGAUUCAGGAGGGAUUGGAACCAUUUCCUGUGAGUCGUUCAUCUUUGCUGAUAGAACAACCUGUGAAGAAAAGGCCUCUUUUGGAUAAUCAGGUGAUGAAUUCUGUGUGUGUUCAACCAGAGAUCCAGAACAAUACAAAGCACCCAGAUAACUCGUCUGAUACAGAGAUGGAAGACAUGAUUGCUGAAGAGACAUUGGAAGAAAUGGACAGUGAGUUGCUCAAGUGUGAAUUCUGUGGAAAAAUGGGAUAUGCUAAUGAAUUUUUACGGUCAAAACGAUUCUGCACUAUGUCAUGUGCCAAAAGGUACAAUGUUAGCUGUUCUAAAAAAUUUGCACUUAGUCGUUGGAAUCGAAAGCCUGAUAAUCAGAGUCUUGGGCAUCGAGGCCGUCGUCCAAGUGGCCCUGAAGGGGCAGCAAGAGAACAUAUCCUUCGGCAGGUGUGUAGAAACCUUCUUCCAUGUAAAAUGCCCUUUUCAGAAAUGCAAGGAAAGUACAAAGCUGUAUUUUACUUGUACUGCGUCUUCCAGCUUCCAAUUACUUAUCCAUCUGCAGAAGAAGACUUGGCUUCGCAUGAAGAUUCUGUGCCAUCUGCUAUGACAACUCGCCUGCGCAGACAGAGUGAGCGGGAAAGAGAACGCGAGCUUCGUGAUGUAAGAAUUAGAAAAAUGCCUGAAAACAGUGAUUUGCUGCCAGUUUCCCAGACAGAGCCAUCUAUAUGGACAGUUGAUGAUGUCUGGGCCUUCAUCCAUUCUUUGCCUGGCUGCCAGGAUAUUGCAGAUGAGUUCAGAGCACAAGAGAUUGAUGGACAGGCCCUUCUCUUACUAAAAGAAGACCAUCUCAUGAGUGCAAUGAAUAUCAAGUUAGGCCCAGCCCUAAAGAUCUGUGCACGGAUCAACUCUCUGAAAGAGUCUUAACAGGAACAUGGGCCUUUUAAACAACACCAGUUUUACUCUUCUUAAGCAGACUCAUAAGGUAAAGGCCUAAUCUGGCCUAAAAUAUUACACUUACUAUAGUGGAUGGCCAAGCACAUUGAGAUCUCCACAUCAAAUGCUGACAUUUCUUCUACAGAAAAAAUCAUUGUACAUUUUCAUAAUUAGCCAACAUUGGUGAAAUUAAUUUUACAGUUCACAUGCAACAUUGAAAGACUUGAUAUAGAGGGCCAUGGUAUUUUUUCAAAGAAACAUGUUAUACUAGAUAAUUUUUUUAAAGUGAUUUUUAUCAUUAAUAUAAAGGAUCCUUUUGAAUGUAAUUUAAUGAUUCACAUUUCUUUUGAUUGUUUUCUUGUACAUUUUUGUACCCUAUUAAUUUUCUACAAAUUGUCAUAGAGAUAUUAAAUAAUUUAGGAGUCCAGUCACAGAAUCAUCUAUAAUGAAUUAUCAGUUUAAAUUUAAAAAUCCUAUCUUUUGGGUAAAUACUUUGUCUCUACAAAAAUAUUGUAUGGUACCAUGAAUAAUACUGAUCUGGAGAUCAAGAGUCUGUUUCAGACUUAAGAAUUUGGCUUGAGUCACAAAAUUACUUUUCCUCUCAGUUUUUCUACUUUAGAGCAGUAUUUCUUAAUGGAGGACAGUUUUGUUCACCAGAGGACAUUUGGAAAUAUCCGGAAAUACUUUGGUUGUCACAGCUUGAUGCUGCUCCUCCUGUCCAGGAGGAGGAAGCCAGAGACAUUCUCACGUAUCCCACAGUGUACAGGACAGCCCUCCAUUGCAAGGAACUGUCCGAUCCAAAUGCCAGCAGUGCCAAGGCUGAGAAACGGAUGAGGAAGGGAUGGUAUAUGUUACUUUUUUUCACCCAAAGGGAGAUGUGAAAGAUGGGCAUAAGAAAUACAUAAAUAAUGGGAGUAUUAUUCAGAGUAUUAAUGUUCUGAAGUAUUUUUCCAAAUGUAUUACAUAUAGACAAAGGGGAGAAAACAUAAAAUUGGCCUAAAAAUAAAGACUAGCUUUGAAGUAAUUUGACCCUCAGUACUGAAUCAUACUAUCUUUCAUAUUUCUGUGCUCCUUUGCACUGAAGCAUAAUACAUUAUACUGAUAAUCCAUUGUAUCUUUUCUGGUAACAGAAGUUUGCAGUGGAUGUGUGAUUGCUCUUUGGAUUUUGUUUUCUAAUAUUGAAUAUGCCGAAUCUAGCUAGAAUGCAUAGUCCUUUUUUCUUUACUGACUCUUUGCAUGCUUCCUGCAAAGCACUUGCUGAGUGAUUUCUCGUUCAUUAUCUAAUUUAAAAAUUUUUUUACUUUACGAACAAUUUUUUAUAGAAUUGUGACACUAAAAAUGUGAGAGUACUAAGAGCUUUAUAGUCCUGAAUAUCAAGUUUUUGAGAUUACAAAGGCUUUGUUCUAAUCAUUUCUUGUAUCUUUAUCACAUGAUUGAGAUAUUUUAAUAAUUGAAGGAACACACACUGAUAUUUGGCCACAGAAACUCAGUAAAGGAAGGCCUAAAGGAGUCUGUGAGUUUCUGUCAUUUUCACUGCUCUUUUCCAAAAGAUUUUGUUGAGCUAGUAGAAAAUCAAAGAUGUCACUAAAGACAUCACAGAUGUUUAUCUUUUGGCUUUGUGUACAUUAGAAAAUGUUGAUUAUUUUUAUACAAAAUACAGCGGGUAAUUUUUUUAAUCUUUAGAUGCCUCUUGUUUGAAUGUAUGCUUUGUGGGAUUCUUUGUGUAGUAAUGUUUUUAAAAAUGCUGUUUAUUGAUAGUCAUGUGUAGGAUUAGAAUAUGUAAUAUAAGGCUCAUGUUCCAGACCCACAAUAGCUUGUAGUCUAUGUUAUAUAUUUCUUUGUAUUACAUUUUUAAUUACUGGAUUAAAGUCUUAAGGAAAGGUAGUACUCUAUAACCAGUUUUCAUUUAUUAGUAAACAUGAGGUUAAAAUUACAAUUUCAGAACACAUAGGGUAAGCAGUAGUAAGAUUGCCCACUGGAUGUGAAGGAGGAGGCACAGAGGAAAAUCUUCCCUGGAAUUAAAACUUUAUUGUUGGUAACACUGAAUAUUCAGGGAUAGACUCCCCUAGCAAUAAUGAUUCUCUCUUUACUAUUUUAUCUGUAGCCUUUAAGGUGUUAACUCUGAAUCAUCUUGGAAGUUUUCCUUUUUUUACUUCCUGUACUAAUAGCAGUUUUUCUGUAUGUAAGCACCUGUGCCAAGCACUGUGUUAAAUAUUGAGAAGAAACUCAGCAGAGGGAUUUCAAUUGGAUUCCUUGUAGUUCUAAAUCUUAAAACUAGUCUGAUCUUCUAUUGUCCUCAUUCAUAACAUACUCAGAAAACACACUUUUAAAGUUAAUUGUUUUCUGUAGAAGUGGCUCAUUUACUGUCCUCUGGUAGUUCUACCAGUGAUGCAUCUGUAUGUGUCUAGAUGAUGUAAUCACCUUAAUUUCAAAGCUUCAUUUACAGAUAAUGGAUAUAUAUAUAUAUAUGUAACACUGGCUGUCCAUCUUCUGAGCUUUGAGCCAUUUCAGUAUGAUGUAGGUAGGAAGAGUGCUACUAUUUCAUUUCCUUUUGCAUUAUUAAAUGUUUUAGGACUGGGAAAAAAGAAUAACAAGCGGAUAGUAACAAGCAGAUGGGAGGUAUUUGUAAUUUUGCUACCUGUGUUUGCAUUUUCUAUAAACUGUUGCACUCUUUUCCUGUUGAGGAGAAGAUGAUAAUUUUUAUUUGCUUUAAGCUUUAUAUUCCUAGAAAACUAAACAAACUGAGAGCUUGUUUGUAAAAUUAUUUUUGUAUGACAUUACUGUAUAUCAAUCCUUGCAUAGACAUGUGUUAGACACAGCUUUGAUAUAAUCAGUAUAGCAUGAGACAGACUACUGUCCAAAACCUGUCAUGUUUCUAGUGGCAUAUAACUCUUUUUGUUUGGAAUCCUCUAAACAGAAUUUCUUUUAGGUCUUUGUUGAAGGGGUGUCAUCUAGGAGCAGAGAAGGCAGGACAUGAGGAGAGAAGUAUUAGUGAUUGAGAAUGGAAAUGAGACAGACUUUUGUUAAUUUAGCUCACUUCAACACUGAAAAACUUUCUGCACUUUUAAUUUUGAUAUUCACAUUUUACAUAGCUUAAAAUAGAAAUUUUUUUAGGUUAUCCCAUUGUGUAUUUUUGUUUCCUACUAUGUUGAAAUACAUAGAACCGUAUGAAACAAGUAUUAUUGUGACUAUGCUUUGCAUAACUUUUCACAUAGUUUUUUUUCCACGUAUUAAGUGUAAAAUUAAAAUCAGACAUCUGUUCAGAAAUACAAAUCUUGGAUUGACAUUGUCAUGGUGCCCCCUCAUUGUUUCUUCAGUUAUAUAUUUUAAAGUUCAGUGUAUACGUUUGCAGAGUUUUGGUACCCCCAUGGCAUAAGUAUGUAGGGAAGCAAUAGUCCUACAAUAUUAGGCUGUGUUUUCAUGUGUAUAAACAGUUUUGGAAAGAGUAAAUGAUUACAGAUGUAUGUUAACAAAGCCGACCUUAGAGCUCUGUCCAGUAGAUGAAAUCUAUUGGCACUGUGAGUUAGCUAAUGCCAUUAAAGGCUUUACCUCAUUUGCUCCUCUAAAGUUGCUUUUUGCUUCCAAAAGUACAUUAAAACUUCUCUUCUUUGAGAAAUCUUUGAAAUUUCUGGAGAUUUUGUAACGAGACUAAUUUUACAGAGGGAGGCAGCCUCAGCAGCUUUUCUAAUACUGUAUUUGCAGCCACGUUUCAGUGACAUCUUUGAGCAGUAGAAACUGGCCCUGCUUUGCACAUGUUUGCUCAGCCUGUUUCUUGUGUACCAUGUAUAUAACUAACUAACUUUUGGAAGGGUUUCUGGGAGGAAAAGUGGGAAUUAGAGAAGACAAAAAGUAUUCCAGACCCAAGAGGAGAGCACAGUUAAUUAAGUAAAAUCAUUAGUAUAUAUAUGACCUUUAUCAGCAGUGCAACAUAAUUACAGUUGUUUGGUUCCCGUUAUGGUAAUAUACAAGUUUAGGAUCUGUGUUUGGUGGUGCUGGGAAUUGAAUCCAUGACCUUGCACUCAAUUCCUGAACUAUACACCUAGCCCCUAUAAUUUGUCAAGAUUUACCUGGAUAAAAUGUAUUCUUUUACUCCCUGAACACUGACCCUGACCUUAGAAGCACAGAUAUUAGUAGUACCAGUAACACAUAAAUUAGUGAUACUUUAAUUUUAGAAUAUGACAGCUAUUAUAAUUGGAGGAUAUUUGUCAAAAACUUAAAGGCCACUUUCAGGUACCACAUUUGGACCUACUAUAUAGAAUAUAAUAAAGUCAUUUUAAAAUAGUAUUUUGUUAGAUUGUGUCUUAGUCUAAGGAUUGGGUGACUAAACGUUUAGGGAGUCUCUGCUAUCCCAGUUUCCGUAAACACAAGCAUACCUCUCUUGGGUGAAAGUAGUAUGGAUCAUAACAUGAAUGGUGUAACCCAUGUUCACCAAUGCUGGUAUUCUAGAAUAUUCAGUUUCAUCUCAGGAGACUGAUUCAGUGUAGGUAAGCACAAAGACAGUGUUGGGGAGAAUUAACAUACCAUAUUACUAAAAAGAAAACUAAGUUGUACAUCUUUUAAAAAUUGGGGAGAUACCUUCUUUUUUUAGAAAUGUAUAAAAUGUAUCACCAUAUAGUGGUUCCUUCAUACCAGUGAUACAAGCCAUUUUUUCAAAAGAAUGUUUACUUUCAUUAGCAAAGAUUUCCAAAGUUUGCAUUUUGUAGCACCUAUUUAAUUUAGAAUUCUGCCAUGACGAAGGAGCCUUUUAAGGCACUGAUGUAAUUAUUAGCGUCCUGUUCCAGAGGGCAGUCUGGCAAGUCCGUGCCCCCUUUGCGUUUGCAGGGCAGCCUCUCUGGACAAGGGCUCCCCCUGCUGCCUGUACAGCCCUGGUCUUGCAUGGAACCUUUGGGGAAGUGUUUGCCACAAACUUUCCCUCCUUUUCAUAGCCCGCAAACAUUAAUCGUAUUAAAGCUGAUGAUUUUAAUCAGAAAAGAGGUGCAAAGUGAAUGUUUGGCUAAAGCUUUGUUAGAAAAAACUUUUGCCUGUCCAAAAGUACUGUUGCUCUGAGUAGUAUGAGUAGUGUUCAGUUUGAAUUUAUUUAGGAAGAAAAAAAUGUUUAAAAGAAGUCUAGAAAUAUUAAUUUGGAAAAAAGUAGUAUAAUUUAAAACACUUGUUGCCAAGAAUAUAGCUUGGUGGCAUAAGUACCUGGCAAGCAUAAGGUCCUGAGUUUGAUUCCCAGUACCAGAAAAAAAAAAUUUAAACAUUUGUAAUGCUAGCAUGGUAUAUAGUGUCAAUUAAGAAUGUAGUAAAUCCUUUGAAGCCACCCAAAUUAAAAUCUAGCCAUCAUUUUAAGGAGCAGCCAUCAUUUACUGCUUAAAGGUUGUACUUCAUGAAUUACUCUCUAUUCAUGUUUGUGAAGCAUUAACAAGUGAAAAAUUCAGUGUUUUGAGAGGGUGAUGGACAUUGUAGCCAUCAUUGAAAGAAACAUCAACCUGUCUUACUAUUGUAUUUUGUUGUGUUUUGGAGACAGAGUGUCACUUCUGUAGUUCAGGCUGGCUUUGAACUCAGUACAUAGUCUAGACUAGCCUUGAAUUUGUGGCAAUCCUCCUGCCUAAGCCUAAAUACUGGGAUUAUAGGUGUGUGUCACCAUACCUAGCCUUUAACAUAGUUUAGUAAGAAGGAAAUGUUUCAUCUUGGACCAAGUAAAACAAAAUGUCCAGUGCUUAAAAUCUUUACAGUGCUUGUCUUAAAAAUACUCCUUUUCUUCGUUUGGGUAUUUUAAAAAUGAGUAAGUAAUCUGUCAGUAGUGAGUACCAGGUAGUCUCAUUGAACGACCGUGAUGAGUGAAGAUAAAGCACACUAAACUGGAGACUGAGUUUUCACCUCAAGUUGGUUAACUAGUAGUGUGUGACACUUCGGGCAGUUAUGUACAGUAAUCUUCUAAAUGUGCGGUAUUGGACCUGCACAUUGUGGCUUAUAAAGCCUGGUUAAGGUCUCUCCCAGCCCUACAGUUUGCUAGGCCACAUAAUAGAGUAUUUUAAAAGUUGCUCUGUUCUAUUUGGCUGUUUAAUGGUUCAUUUUAUACUUUAAGACCAUUUCCCAGGUCACUUUACAGUAUUUAUUCUCUUAAGGAUUGAGGUACACAAUUAUAGAUAAGCAAACGAGGACCUUUUCCUAAAUACUUAACCAUGGAACACGUUAGUAUUGUCAUUCAUACAGUUAAAGACAGCCAUUUAGCAAACCACUGAAUGUUCAUAUCAUGUGUGGUAUAUACAACUAAGAAACUAACAAGUAAAAUCUUCCCCCCAAAAAAUCAUCAUGGCUCAAAUAAAACACUUUUUUGGGUCUUUUUGAGACAAGCUUUCACUAUGCAGUUCAGGCUGGCCUUGAACUCACUUUGUAGCCCAGGCUGGCCUCGAACAUGCAGCAAUCCUCCUCCCUCAGCCUCCUGAGUGCUGGGAUUAUAGGUGUGCACCAUCAACAUCCAGCAUAAUGAUUAAUACUUAUGAAUGGACUACAUCUGGAAUUGAGAGGGAAUGUUUUCUGCAUUCGGUAAAAAACUAGAUCAGAUGACAGUCACACCGUAAUUGCUACAACACAUUUCAUAUACUAACAUCAAUUGGCCAUAUACCUGAUAGAUUACAAAAUUAAGAGCACUUAACAUUAACAACUUACAUUUUGAAACUCCAGUAUUCCAUAGGGUUAUUUUGACCCUGUAUGUUUCAGAGUUGCUGAUGGACAGGGUGGGUGACAGGAUAGAAAUCAAUGCUGAUUUAUUGUACAUUUUUAACUGCUAAACCUUUAUACCCAUUAUUGGCAAUGUAGCAGUUUUUGAAAGCUGAAAAAUCUCAAAGGAAGUCACCAAAAUAGGCUUUUGUGAUUAAACACAAAUUUUAUUGUACUAUAAAAGAGUCACCUUUUAAAGUUAUGUAAGAAUCAGAAAGUAUAUACAUUGCAUAAAACAAGGGUGCCCAUUAAAAUGCAGAACUGUUAAAACCAUUUGCUUGACUUGACAAGUAUUUGGGGAGUAAACAUUGAAAGGAUCAAUUUUUAAUUGAGUAAAAUUCCUUUAUCAUUUUAGGAUUUGAAAUCACGUAAUUCUAGCUUUAAAUAUCCAUCAGUUGAUACUAACAUUCUUCAUGAAAAUAUAUUUUAAAACUUUUACAUUUAGUUGCGGUUUGAAGCAAGAAAACAUCUAAGUGUUGGAAGACAUUAACAUCCAAAUUGCCAGAUCCAAAUUGCUGCAUUUUAUAAAUUGUUCCAUCAUACUGAUGAAAAAUUACCUUUAAUGUGUUUUAAUUUUUAAAGUGUACUUAUUUUUUGAAUACUUUAUGCUGUUAAUGUUACUUUUUUGGUAUAUGUAUUUUUAAAUUUUAAAACUUUUAAAAAGGUGGUAAUUUGGGAUAUAUAAUUUCCAAGUUGUUUUUGACUGAAAUUUCAGUCACCUCAUUUAAAUGACUUGUGUUUUUGUUUUUUGCAAGGGGAAAAAGUGAGUUCCAAAAACUAUCCCCCAGCAGAGGAUUAUGCUUAUAUUACAGGUGGGAUGUAGUGGACAGCAGUGUACAGGCACAAAUACUGACAGGAGUGAAAAGCUGUGAGGUGUCAUCAGAAAUUACGGUGACACUAGUUUGUCACGUUAAAGAUACUUGGCCAUUAAUUCCCCUCACACUGCCCUUCCUCACUCCAGACACACUUAGCCCGUCCUUCUUGCCACUUUCCGAAGCAGUUCCGGAAGUCCCUUGUCGUGAGUGUUUUUAGUUGCACUGUGUGGCUGCCGCGGACUCACUUAAAUGUUCCCUUCUCAUGUUCAUUUUGACUUUGGGAACGAGCUGGAAGUCACACGGUGCCAGAUCCGGUAAGUAAGGUGAAUGUGGACACACCAUACUCUUUUCACCAGCCUGGCUCUCUGUCGGGUAGCACCCAGUGGCCGCGCUCACCUGACUUUGAUACCUCGGAAAACACAAAAGAGCACACCCUGAAGUGCUGCAGAAAGUAGCAGAAAUGCUGGGAUAAGUGGGUCUGAAGGGAGGGGGAUUGAUGGCAGUGUCUUUCAUUGUAAUAAAUUUUUAAAAAUUUAAGUAUUCACCAUGUAUUUCAAUCAUGCCUUGUAUUUCAGCCUUAAGUAAAUUAGAAUUUGUCUUUUUGCUUUAAAAACUUUUGUUAGCAAAGGCAAGUUGUUGCAGUGAGCUCUAUCAAAUUUUUGACAUUUCAAGCACAUCUGCUUUUUAAAAUUCCUUUUGGUUCCUCCCAUUGUUCUAAAAUAGAGAGGACUUUCAUGUAAUUAAGCCUCAACGAUGAUCCACUCAGCAUAAACCAAUCAUCACCAAGGGAAAGAACGUUACCUUUACAAAAAACAAAAUGCUAGGAUUAUAUAGAAAUGUAUUCUUUACAUGAAUACUGUAUUAGAAUCCUCCUCACAGGAAAUGAAAUAGUUUUUGCACUCUUUGCAUUAGAAUUCCUAGACUGUUCUCUAUAGCUACAGUUUAAAAAUGUAUAGCCUGAAAAUGAAGUUAAUUUUGUGUUAUAAGAGCACACUAAGAUUUAUGUAAAAAGUCUUCAUUUGGUGUAUUUUUUUUUUUUUUAAAAAAGCACUUUCAUGUUAACAAAUAGCAUGGUUAUGAAUUUUAGAUUUUCCUAUUUGUUGUGUCUAUUCAGUGAAGUAAAACUGAAAUUCAAUGUUGUUGAUGACGUUAACUAUCAGAUGAAAGCACCUUACGCUCUGCUGCUUAAAUUUGCUUGUAAUUGCACCUUUGUUACCUGCACAUUUUCACAUAGAAUAUUGUUGUGACAUUGCUUUGUGUGGGUCUGGAUGGAAAACUAGUGGGCCUACAGAAUCAUUUAUUUAUAUUGUUUAUAUUACAAUAAUAUAUUGUAGACCAGUUGUAAGUUCAUUUACAAAUAAAGCCUCUUCCAUUUGGCUGGUC